UUUCCUAGGAGAACGCUCUACGCUUCCAAAGCAAAAUGGCGAGCAAACUAAAGGACCUGGACGUCACCGCGGACGAGCUGGAGCGCUUCCAGAAGGCCUUCCAGGAUGAGCAGUUCCGGAAAAUGUUCGCCGAGUACGCGGAGGAGCUCAGCAACCCCGAGAACCGGAGGAGGUACGAAGAGGAGAUCCGACAAAUGGAGCGGGAGAAGGGGAUGGACGCCCGUUUUAUCUAUCCCCACCCGGGGUAUGUUCUGCUGACCAGUGCCAACGGUACUCAGAAGUGCUACCUUAAUAUCUGUAGCAACAGCUCCGUCCCAAAGCCCCAGGGGGUACCUGGCACCGAUGGGAAAGCCCGGGGUGGGCACCACUGGACACUGCCUUACACCAUCACCCCUGCCAGGGAGGAAAUGGAGAAAGGGGGCAGCAAGUACCUCCUUUAUGACAUUGUUUUCCACCCAGACACUCUGGCUAUUGCAACCAAAAAUGAGAAAUUCAAGGAGAUGGUGGAUUCCACGGCUAUGGACGCUGUAACAAAGAACUACCAACAGCAACUAGAUAGGACCAACGUGCAGACCCUGAGCUUGAAGUAUAAGGGGGUCCCUCAGAGUGGGGUGGUCCGCAAACCUAUACCAGGCUUCACCCCAACACCCGAGGAUCCCAAUGAUCCCCUGUGCUUCCCCUACCCUUACCCUCCUCACAGUAGGGAGGACACAGGAGAGGCACCUAGUGGCCAGGAAAAGCCAACUGUGCAACCGGUGCCUCGGGGCGACGGCUCCACAAAGCCACACGAGGAAGCCACAACUCCCCAUUACACCAUCAGACACAGAUCGUACGUAGACUUCCAAGAUUACACCUACUCCAGAUACUCUGCUCCAAGCCCGGUGCCCAAGGAACUGGUGGUCACCGUAGAUCUGCCUUUGUUGAGUUCGGCUGCUGGGGUCAAUCUUCAUAUUUUAAGCAAACAGCUUGAUCUAGACUGUAAGCAGCCGUCUUAUAAACUUCAGGCAAGUCUUCCCUACCCGGUGGAUGAGAAGCAAGGUAAAGCCCAGUUCAACAAGGCCACAAAGCAGUUGGUUAUCACCUUGCCUGUGAUUCAGCAGAGCGUGAUGAGCAUAAUGCAGGAUCAUAUCAGAACGGAUGAUGGCGAAGAUCAACCCAACGCACAGGAGGAAUAUGAGGUGCAACAGCAUGAGAGCUGUGAGUAUAGCCAGAGUGCCUCGGAGAGCGGUUUCCAUAACCCAGUAUGUAGCCAAGCGGGACCAUCUCAAAACUCGUUAUCUCAAGUCGUCCCCAAUGGAUACGGCACGAUGACCGAAACUUUGCCAAGAUUUUGUCAACAACAUGAAACACUGACCAGUAACCCGCAUUCUCUUAUUAUGCCUCCGGAUACAAUUCUCUCUCCCACGUUCACGUGCACGCAAGACGCCACAUCUUUGACUUUAAUCGUACACGUUAAGGAAAUAGACGAAAAAAGCAUUUGUUCCAACGUGGAGAUGAACCAGUUUCAGAUUAGCUUCCGUGUAAAACAUCAAUAUGUUUGCUAUUUUUUGUUAAUCCAGUUCCUUCCCAAAUACAGUCUCAACACGAACGAGAUCUCCGUUAAUGUCUCCGAACACAAUGCGGUUAUCGAGCUGACCAAGUCGUCUGAAAACUUUGGAAUUUGGAAGAAUUUUUAUUUUGGUGACAACGUAAAUCCGCUGCAGGAACGAAGAUUUGUCACCGAGGAUAAUGUAACGGAAUUCUUGGAAAACAACAACCAAGCCGCGCAGGUUCCCUGGUCUACACUGGAAGACGAGCUUUUACUGGAUGUUCUAGAACUAAAUGAUCAGACGGCUCGCAUACGGAUUAACCAGAAACCGGAGCUGGCAGGCGAGGAACCUGCAGAACAACUGGAGCCGGGCACAGAGACCAAGCAUAGCACAAGUACAGCGAAUGAUGCUUCGAGCCCGGCUGUGGAAAACGAUGAGCUUCAAGUUCUGCAACAGCCCAGCGAUGAAAGCCAUGUGAAUACAGGAGGACAAACUGUCGGCUCUGAGCCCCUUUCAGACCCUGCGGAGUCUGCGUGUGAACCCGCAGUCGCUAACGGCCAUGCUGUUGAAGCCGAUAGCGUAGAAAACGAAACUCCAGAUUUAAAAGAGACUGUAAAGGAAAAGCAAGAUGGAGCAGAAUGCCCGCUGAGCACCUCAUCAAAUCAAAGCAGCCAAACGCCUGCCCUAAAGGAAAUCAGUCCGAAAGAUGGGCAUGUGGAAGUCAUCACAGAUCACACUACGCAAUGUGCCUUCACCUUCCAAAAUCCUCUGCUAUAUGAUCUGGACUGAUGGGUUUCUGUAUAAUCUGAUUCUAGAAUUAUUUUUUGUUUACAGACCUUUUACCAUUUGUGCCAGGGGGGAGUCCCUAUCGGAUUUACUUGUAUACGGGUUAUACUUGCUGCUUGUAUCCUUCUUGGGAUGAAGAAAAACUACAUGCACGGCGUGAUGUUGCUCUGAAAGGAUAAAUGCUCUUUGCUUUUCUUAUUGGUAGAUCUAGUUCUGGGUCUGUUGCUCAUCCAAAACCAAAUUCAAUAUGUUAAAAUAUCUUUGUUUUCUUAGUGUAAUUUGUAUUAAAUAUACUAUUUCUUCUGUCCCUGCACCUCCUGCAAUAGCGAUCUCCCUUUAGAGCACAUCUGCCAACCAGCACAGUAGGUUUUAACUGUUCAGGUACCUAUUUUCUUAAUGUUAUGCUUAUAUAUUGGUUUGCAAAGAUGUGUUAUUUGAAUGUUAUAUUAAUAAAUUCAAAGUAUGAGUAAAUGCAUAUUAACGCUUGAUUUUGAGUGAUCCCGAUACAGAUGUAUAGUGUGUUGGCUAAGUAUUGUAUAGCAGUGAGGUAAAGUUGUGUGGAGAGGUGUGUGCAUGCCACCCUUAUCAAAGCUUUGAAUUUGUGUUUUUGUAUAUUAAACUAUCAUUGUACAACUCUGCAUUCUAGAUAUAGGAUGAUGGAGGUUUUAGUAGUGAAAUCACUAUAGAAAAGAGUGCAGCUGAGUCCCUGAAGUAUGCUUUUGUUGCAUCAAAAUGUUAAUGAUAAAAAUAAACUAACAGUAUGAUGAAAA